ACAAGUCUUUAUUUCAUUUAAUAUUUUUCAUCAAAAUUCGACGUUAAAAAUCAUAUUUGUUUUACAAGAAUUCAAAAAUCCUUUAAAAUGUCCCAAGAGACUGAUUUAGAACUUAAUAAUCGCAAUACCGUACAUGAGAUUUGCAAGCCAUUCGUGUUGGACGAUGACACUUUAAGAAAAAUCAAAGAUCUUUUUUUGAACGACAUCAAAAUGGGUCUCUGCAAAGCCACCAAUUACAAGGCUGUCGUUAAAUGUUGGAUUACAUAUGUUCAAUCAUUACCCUCGGGUUGUGAGACUGGAAAAUUUCUUGCCCUAGACUUGGGUGGUACUAAUUUUCGUGUGCUGUGCAUUUACUUGGAAGGGCAGGCUAAUUUCCAUAUGGAUUUUGAAGUAUAUGAAAUACCCGAGAAAUUAUUAGUGGGCCCUGGUAGAGAUUUAUUUGAUCAUAUCGCUGAAUGUCUAGCAAAGUUUAUAAAAACGUUGGGAGUAAAAAAGGAUGAAGAACUACCGCUGGGUUUCACUUUUUCAUUUCCACUUAAACAAAAUGGUCUGGACAAGGGUGAUUUGGUGGCCUGGACAAAGGGUUUCAAUUGUCCCGGUGUAGUGGGUCGAGAUGUAGUGGAGUUAUUACGUGAGGCCAUAGAUAGAAGAGGAGAUAUUAAUGUGGACAUAACAGCUAUACUCAAUGACACCACGGGCACUUUAAUGUCCUGUGCUUGGAAGAAUCGCAAUUGUAAGAUCGGUCUUAUAGUGGGAACGGGCUCAAAUGCUUGCUAUUUGGAACAGUUGAAGUAUGUGAGCACCUAUGAGCCGGAAGCGGAUAAUCGAGUGCCCACCAUGAUCAUAAAUUGUGAAUGGGGUGCCUUUGGUGACAGUGGCUCUCUUGAGUUUGUGCGCACUAAAUACGACAAGGAGAUCGACGAUGUUACACACAAUCGUUGCCAUCAACUUUUUGAGAAAAUGGUGGCCGGCAUGUAUUUGGGUGAGUUGGUGCGCAAACUCAUGCUAGAUUGUUGCAAAGCCGGUGCUCUCUUCAAGGGCAAUGAGAGUGAACAAUUAAAUAAAGAGAAUACGUUUAAAACGAAAUUCAUCUCACAAAUUGAAGAGGAAAAACGUGGAACUUAUGUCAUUACGAAAGCAAUUCUGGAGAUGAUGGGUUAUAAAAAUCCUACAGAUUCAGACUGCGAAAAUGUACGCUACAUAUGUGAAUGUGUUUCACGGCGUUCGGCUCAUAUGGUGGCUACAAAUUUGGCCUGUCUUAUCGAUCGUAUUGGAGAUCCUUAUGUGGUGGUGGGAAUUGAUGGCAGUGUCUAUCGUUAUCAUCCACAUUAUCAUGAUCUUUUGAUGCAGAAAAUCAGGUGUUUAGCACGACCAGAACACAAGUUUGAUUUAAUGUUGUCGGAGGAUGGUUCGGGGCGUGGUGCGGCUCUAGUGGCCGCUGUUGCAGCUCGUAUUAAAAGUAAAGAAAUGGAGAAAAGUGAACAUAAAAGAUCUCGUAUGUUAAGACGAUCUGAAGCUAGGAAAUCUAAUAAAAUUAGUUAAAUAAAAGUUGGUUGAAUUAAAUUAUUGUUUUUUUUUAAAUAUCUAAUUAUUUUUCUUAAAUAAA